ACAAAUGUGAUGACCAAUUGGCAACUCUGCUGGCAUAAUAUCAUAACUGAUAGCUAACUCAUAUGUAGUUGAUUUUGAAGUGCAAACUGUGUUACAAUUGCCAACUGCGUCGUGCUGUGCCUGCACUACUAUGAAGGAUGCCUCUAAGCACAAGCCGAGCAGCACCAGCAGCAAACGGAAAAAGAAGAGUCACGGGAACAGAGAAGCAGAGCACGAGAUCCAAGAAUGUUCCGUCUGCGGCAAGUCGAAGUCCUCGUCAUCUGUGAUGGAUUUAAGUGGAAACCAUGUGAUGCAGCGACGCCUGGACAGGGACUGGAAGUUGCCGAUGGAUGUGAUCAAUACCACAUUGCAAGCGAUUUGCGUGGAAUGCGUCUGCAAACUGAACAUGCACUCGGAGGUCACAAGGACGCUGAUGAAGCGCCUGCAGCGUGUCCAUAAGCCCAGUGACAGGCAAGGCAGUCCGCCCAUUGCCGAUGCCGAGGUAUCCACAACUGGUGCGGUGGAGGAAAACACAGAGGUGUCUGCUGAUGUCGUUUCGGCGCCAAGUUCAUCGUGCUCCAUUGUGUUACAAGCAUAUUCAGCUCAGCCGCCAGAGUCGCCAUCGGCCACAGAGUCGGGUGGCGUGCACAAUAACAAUGGCAAUGCCUUGGAUGGCUGGAAGUGGCGAACUCGACUCGUUUGUCAACACUGCGAGCGUCCUUACUUUCGCAAGGACCACUAUGCGCUGCACGUGCGUCGUUGCUGUCGCCGGGAGACCCAACGUCAAGCCAAGUGUCGUGUGCUAAACGAAGCCAGUAACGACGGCGACCACGAUGAAGUUGUCGACCGGAAUUAUAAUGAUCAGGAGCAGACGUCGACGGAGACGCCGACACAGUUGCCGCGAAACUCACGCACCUUUCAAUGCAAGAACUGUGACAAGGAAUUCGCUGGCAUUGUGGCCUUGCGGCAACAUCAGCGCACAACGCACCGAUCACUGCAUCCUUGUAGUCUGUGCGAGGCACAGCUUAGCACCAAGUACGAAUGGGAACUGCAUCACACCAUCUGCAGUGCCAAGCAGGAGGCAUUGGAUAUCCAAGAACCAACGACCACUCGCUCAACACGCUCAAGGUCGCGUGCCUGCUCCGUGGCUUGGUAUCACAAUGAAGAUGAGGACGAAGAGGAUGAGGAUGAGGAGCAGGAUGAUGAUGCCACCUCGGUGGCCGAUACAAUGUACACCAGGCGCAUGAACUUCACUGGCGACUGGAUAGUUAAUCACAGUCGUAGCAACAGCAACAGCGCCAUUAAUCUGACGAUGCUGUACGAUGAUUACGUGCUAGAAGAAUCGCAGAUAACCACGGAUAAGGAGUAUGAUCUCUAUUUGCUGGACUUGCUGAAGACACAGGUGCAGAUGAAAGUGUUUACCUGCUUUGUACCCAGCUGCUGUUAUCAGACGGACACGUUGGUGGAUCUCAUGAAGCACGACUACAUGCAGCACUGGAAGAUGAGCUGGUUUUACUGUCACAAAUGUGGUGACGUCUUCACCAGCAAGGUAUUCUUGGACUAUCAUCUGCAUCGGCAAAAUCGCGGCUUUUACAUAUGCCAUAAAUGCCACGACGAGUUUGAGUUCCAACAUCAAUUAGAUCGCCAUCAGGUGCUGCACAGCAAAGUCAUCAACUAUCACUGCAACUAUUGUCGCCUCGAAUUUCUGAGCGAGGCCAAACUAUUGGCGCACUGCGAGCACGAGCGGCACAGUCCCAACGAUGAGCCACCGCUGAUCUGCAUCGAUCAUGCGCUCUCCAUCAGCAAUCCCGUGCCGAAGGAGCCUAUCAAGAUGCGCCAGUAUACGAUGCGAGUGCUGGAUAUACCGCACAUACCUUGGCAAUCUAAUCGACCAAUGCAUCUGCCGCAUCACAAACCCUUUCGGUUUGCCAUCGGCAUCUGUGAAUUCGACAAUCGCAAUCCUCCCAAUUGCGUUGGAUGUACGUAAAACGUUGUCUUCGUUCCACUUGUCACUUUAAUACCAUUUCGAAUACUUUUAAUGGUAUGGUAACAGUUUCCAUGUAUAGCUAGUUCGAUUUGUAUCUUAUAUACAUAAUAAACCCAAUAGGAAAAGUCUGAUAAGUGUUUGUCGCCCUAGAUAUAACAAUAUUUUUAUAAACAAAUUAUCAAAUAAAUCCGAGUUUAUCAUUGUUAAACCAAUACAUCAAUGUAAGCCUCGAAAUGC